AUGAGCUGCACUGUCAGGCAGGUCGUCACCACCUGCACCCAGGGCAGGGGCAGCACAGGCAGCAACGCAGCUGGCACUGCCAGGAGGGUGUCCUCUGCCUCCUCGGGCAGACACGCUGCCUAUGACUUGGGUGCUGUGGUUGGCAGCUUCUCCGGCGGCAGCGUGAGCGAGGGAUUGCUCGGGAAGCAGCUGAGCACCGGCAGCGCGGCUGGUGGCAGCUUCGGAGCCACCCAGAGGGCUUGUUCUGCCCUGGGAUUCAGCACAGGAGGUGUCUGCACUCGAGGUGGCUUCCCCAGGGCUGGGGCCGGCUGUGGGGAUGGGAUCCUGUUUGCUAACAACGAGAAGGCGACCAUGCAGAACCUCAACGACCGCUUGGCCUCGUACCUGGACAAGGUGCGGCUCCUGGAGGGGGACAAUGCCGACCUGGAGUGCAAGAUCAGGGAGUGGUACGCCAAGGUGGGGCCCAUCUGCGAGCCACGGGACUACAGCUGCUACCACAAGGAAAUUGAAGACCUUCAGAACCAGAUCCUGUGUGCAGCCAUGGAGACUAACAAAAUCCUUCUGAACAUUGAUAACAACAGGAUGACUGCUGAUGACUUCAGAGUGAAGUAUGAGACCGAGUGUGGUCUCCGGCAGAACGUGGAUGCCGACAUUUGCAACCUCCGGCCCGUCCUGGACCAGCUGGCCAGCUGCAAGACCGACCUGCAGCUGCAGUGUGAGGCUCUGACAGAGGAGAUGUGCUGCCUAAAGACCAACCACGAGGAGGAAAUGAGCUGUCUGAGGAAACAGGCCACUGGGGAUGUGAGUGUGGAGGUCAAUGCCUGCCCUGGCCCAGACCUGAGGAAGAUCCUGGAGGAUCUGAGGUGCCAGUACGAGACGCUGAUGGAGCGCAACCGCAAAGAGACGGAGCAGUGGUACGCCUGCAAGGUGGAGGAGGUGAAUCUGGAGGUUGUCACAAGCAGCCAGGAGAUUGAGUCGAGCAACAAGCAGGUGACUGAGCUGAGACGUCAGCUGCAGGCCCUGGAAAUCAAUGUACAAGCCCAGCUCACUAUGAAAGAAAACCUGGAAUCCUCUUUGACGGAGACUGAGUGUCGCUACAACAAAUACCUGGCUGAGCUGCAGAACCAGAUCUCCUGCGUGGAGCAGCGGCUGGCUGAGAUCCGAGCGGAAAUGGAGUGCCAGAACCAGGAGUACAAGACCCUUCUGGACGUCAAGUGUCGCUUGGAGCAGGAGAUCCAGACCUACCACUGCCUGCUGGAGGGUGGCCAACACGACAUCAUAGGGUCGGCAGGAAGAGGAGUUGGCGCCGCAGCAGCUGGGAGAAGCACGGGGCUGAAAGGCAGCCUGUGCCAGCCCUGCCUGCCCUGA